UGGAAAAGUCCACUCAGUAUAGUUUGUACGCCGGUUAAAUCGAGACGCAGCAGAUUUGAGCCGUGCUGCGCACGUGAAGCCAACGUUGCGGAUGUGGAUUUUGUGUGCGUGUUAUUGUUGUUAGUUGAACGAUGUGAUAAUUUUGGUGUGCCACUGUUCGAACUAGAAAAAGCAGAUAAAAAUCGGGUUCCAUCGCCACUAACCGUAGUCCCUCGGUCGCGUUCGUUCCACUUAAAGUAGUUCCUGUGGUCAUCAUUGGUCCUAAAUGUGAGGGCAAAAUAUGACCUGGAAUUCAUCGGACGCCGUUGGUGAUUGAUUUGAAGUUGUUUUUCGGUGCUACACUUGUGACAGUGGAUUAGAAGAAACAGUGCGGAACAAAACAUAUCGAACAUGUCUGUUUAUCUGGAAGUGAGCACUCAUUGCGAUGAUGAAUUAUACGACAGUGGCAACAACAUGCCGAGCCAACCAAAUAUAUUGUCACUCCAGAGCAUAACUAGUCCGACGAAUCCUCGGUGCUUAUUCAACACUAGUCCUAAGACCAAUGAAACCUAUGGAAAGUCUGAAAAGCGAAAACUGCUUUGGGCUAUUGCCUUCACCUUGGUCUUUAUGGUCGCGGAAUUCCUUGGCGGGUACUUUUCCGGUAGCUUGGCCAUCAUGACCGAUGCUGCCCAUCUGAUGUCCGACUGUAUAAGUUUUCUGAUAUCGGUUAUCUCGAUUUGGUUCUCGAACAAAGCUCCUAACGACAAAAUGUCCUUCGGAUACAGACGAAUAGAAGUCGUCGGUGCCUUGCUGUCGAUUUUUGGCAUCUGGGCGCUCACUGCCGUCCUGGUAUUUAUGUCAAUGCAGCGUUUGAUAGCCGAGGAUUUCGAAAUUGACGCAGACACCAUGAUAAUCGUGGCCAUCCUAGGUGUCGUUAUGAACAUUGCCACCGCCUUCAUCCUCCAUGGAUCGUGCAAUGUUAUUCCACACUUACACCACGGCCAUUCCCAUGGCCAUGCACAUUCCCACCUUCACUCACACUCACAAACCCAUCUGCUGUCGUCAACGUGCACACCGGCAUCGACUCCACGCAUUUGCUCACGGUCGGGAUCUCCUUGUAGGAAAAAAGUACGUCCCAAGCUGGAGAAGCUGAAAACAGGUAACGACAAAGUGAUGGAGCAACUAACCAUUCCAAAUUUAGCACCAAGUCCGAGCAGCAGCCCGCGACCUUCGAUUUCUAACAGUAGGAACAAUUCUUUCGCAAUCAGUCCCUCAUCGCCGAGCCCUAAUCUGGAGAAAAUGUUGACUAUGGCGAAGAAGAAACUCAACACAGAAGAUUUGCGACAGCGGAUGAGUAUCGAUGUAACGCUGAGUUCACCCGAUCUCAUAAGCUCCAGUAGAUUCCUCUACAACAGAAUCGACACCGACGACGAUUUUUCACUGUGCCCGAAUCGGAGGGGUAGCGUAGAAAGUACCAAAUCCUCAAGUAGUGAAGAGCGUUCCACCUGCGAAUCGCCGAAGGACGAGAACCUCAAUGUGCGAGCCGCCAUCAUCCACGUGAUUGGUGAUUUUAUCCAAAGUAUUGGCGUGUUGAUCGCUGCCAUCAUAAUUAAGUUUGCCCCAAACCUCAAAGUGUUUGACCCGAUUUGCACAUUCCUGUUCUCCAUCAUUGUGCUCGUCACUACGGCCCGAAUAUUUCGGGACUCGAUGAGAAUCCUGCUGGACGCGGUACCACCCGGUAUCGCACUGGAUAGACUGGGCACCGAGCUGAACUGCAUUCCCGACGUAAAAGCCGUCCACGACUUGAACGUGUGGAGCGUGUCCACCGGUUUGAAUGUGAUGACGGUUCAUUUGAUGGUCGAUCCGUUAGCUGAUUCGGGCGAGAUUCUUGCGGCGGCAAAUACAAUCGCUCGGGAGGGAUUUAAUAUUAAGAAAUGUACAGUUCAAAUUGAAAAGAUAAGUUUUUACAAUUGACAUCUCGUAGGUUAUUCAUGUUAAUGUUAAGGUUGUUUUCAAGUAAGUAGUCAAUGAAUUAUAGUAUGUGCAA